UAGGCAGGGCUCAACACCCAUUUCUGAGGAUCUUCUAUAAAACCGGCUUAAUACAUUCCGUACACUUCAUUUCAUGUAAUUAAUCUGCGCUGCAGCUUUUUUCUUUGGAGAGACUCUGUGUUUAAUAUUCAAUGAGUUCCAGGAUGGAUAACAAGUCUUACUUGGUUCAGAUGAAUGGGAAUGGCGUCCACGGCAAAACCACACUCAGUGCCAAAACCCUGAGUGGGAACGGAGUCAAUGGGAAGGGACUACACGGGAACGGCAUCCACCAUGUCAGUGUGAAUGGCAGCUUGUAUCCAGCCAAAACCAAGAGCCGCAGGCAGAGGUGGGAAGUGAAGCCCUCAGAGAUGGCCAACAACACGCUCAAUCCCAUCAGGGCCAUCGUGGAUGGGAUGAAGCUCACCCCAAAUCCGGAGAAGCCCAUGAUCGCACUCUCCAUAGGGGACCCCACUGUGUUCGGGAACCUGCCUACAGACGAUGCCGUGCUUCAGGCCAUGAAAGACGCUAUAGACUCCCAAAAAUACAACGGCUACGCUCCUUCUGUCGGUUACCUGAAGAGCCGCCAGGCUGUGGCCAACUUUUACAGCUGCCCAGAGGCUCCGCUAGAGGCAGAGGAUGUGAUUUUGACCAGUGGCUGCAGUCAGGCAAUUGACCUGGCUAUCAGUGUCCUGUGUAACCCCGGGGACAACAUCCUGGUCCCAUGCCCAGGCUUCUCUUUAUAUAAGACUCUGGCUGUCUCCAUGGGUAUCAAGGUCAAACUGUACAACCUGCUGCCAGAGAAGUCAUGGGAGAUUGACCUGCAACACCUGGAGAGUCUGAUUGAUGAGAGGACAUCCUGUCUGAUUGUUACCAAUCCAUCCAACCCGUGUGGGUCUGUCUUCAGCAAGGAACACCUACAGAAGAUCCUCAAAGUGGCCUCCAGACACUGUGUUCCAAUCCUGGCUGACGAGAUUUACAGCGACAUGGUUUUCCCAGGCUGCAGUUGUCCUUCCAUGGCGUCGCUCAGCAGUGACGUUCCCAUCCUGUCCUGUGGUGGCUUGGCUAAACGCUGGCUGGUCCCUGGCUGGAGGAUGGGAUGGAUCCUCAUCCAUGACAGGAACGAGAUAUUUGGAUCUGAGAUCCGACAGGGGCUGGUGAAGCUGAGCCAACGCAUCCUGGGAGCCUGCAGCAUUGUUCAGGGUGCCCUGGAGAGCAUCCUCAACAACACACCUCAGGCCUUCUACAACAACACCAUCAGCUUCCUAAAGUCCAACUCAGAGAUUUGUUUCAAUGAGCUGUCCACCGUCCCCGGCCUGAACCCCGUCAUGCCCUCAGGAGCCAUGUACCUCAUGGUGGGGAUCGACAUGGAUCACUUUCCAGAUUUUCAGAAUGAUGUGGACUUUACUGAACGGCUGGUAACUGAGCAGUCGGUCUUCUGUCUGCCUGCCUCGGCUUUUGCGUAUCCUAACUUCUUCCGCAUUGUGGUGACGGUGCCGGAGGAGAUGAUGGUGGAGGCCUGCAGUCGGAUCAGGGAGUUCUGCCAGCGCCACUAUCGGCCCCGCAGCCGUGACAGCAAUGAUCUGGACCAGUAAUGGAGCAGAGUCCGACCAGUCUGACAUCCUGGGCCUUAGGAGACGAAAGCCUAAAGGAUGGAUGAACUGUCCUCAGGUCACAUACACCGAUGAGCCAAAGCAUUAUGACCACCCCUGUCUAAUACGCUGCUGGUCCUUCACGUGCCACUGAAACAGCUCUGGGACCUCUGUGAGACCUCUGAGGGUGCAGCGUGCUGGUGGCGUUAGCAGCAGAUCCAUUAAGUCCCGUGUGUGGUCACAGUGUUUUGGCUCAUUGGUGUACACUGAGCUGGAAUCAGCUUUGAAAUUUCAUGCCACCAUGUAAUGAAGGUAGAGAGACAGAAAUCUGAUGUGACAACCGUUGUAGAAUCGUCAUCGCUGUGGCAACAAAAAGCUUGUAAGCAGAAUAAGGGAUGGUCCAUUCAUGGUGUAAUUUUUGAUGUAAACCAUAUGAAAUGAGCAGACCUAAUAUUUAUAUUUUAUACAGGCAACUUAUGUUAACCUCUACUUGUUUUUGUGUAUUUAUAUAAUUUGUGUAACGCUUUGUGUGCCUAUGUAACGUAACCUCUUUGAUAUCACCUGCAGCAUCAUAGACUGUGCAUGCUGUAGACAGCAGCUGGCUUCUUUGCUAUGACAUUUUGAUACUUCACGCCUGUUCUUUACUUUCUGAUCCACAAUUAGAGGAAGUAUAUAUAUAUAUAUAUAUUCAAGAUCAAUGCUUAUCAUUAUGCAUUGAUAAUCUUCUGUAGACUUUGCUUGUAGUAGAAAAUGACUCUCAGUGCAGUGUUAGACAGCAUAGACACGCUCUUUAUCAGAACUCUCUGUACAUUGUUUGUAUGUUAAUUACAACUGUGUAUGAGGUAAAAAAAAUAUGGGGGCAGGGAAUGGGGUAAAUUCUGGGAAAAAACUUUAUGAGAAAAAAACAAUAGUGUUUGUUUUUGUUUUUGUUUUUUUUACUUUGCAUGGUUGGAUAAACCUUAUUGACCACAGAUAUGAAGUGACGUGCUUCCUUGA